AGGAGGUUGCAAGUGACGAGACAGACCGAAGGCUGAGAACCUCCUCCAGAGCUCACAAUGGCAGAGGACUGGGGAAAACAGGCGUACGCUGCAAGGCGGUACCACGAAGACACAACAAGGGGCUCGGCCUUCGUUUACACAAACAGCAACCACACCAGAGAUCCCUUUGAGGGUCCCAACUACCACAUUGCCCCCCGAUGGGUUUACAAUGUUGCCACGCUCUGGAUGUUUUUCGUGGUCAUUGCAUCUGUCUUUACCAACGGUCUCGUCUUGGUGGCCACUGCAAAGUUCAAGAAACUCCGCCAUCCCCUCAACUGGAUCUUGGUGAAUCUUGCCAUUGCUGAUCUUGGAGAGACAGUUUUUGCCAGCACCAUCAGUGUGUGCAACCAGUUUUUCGGGUAUUUCAUUCUGGGACACCCAAUGUGCAAGUUUGAGGGCUAUGUUGUCUCAACCUGUGGUAUUACUGCUCUGUGGUCCCUGACUAUCAUCUCCUGGGAAAGGUGGAUAGUUGUGUGCAAACCUUUUGGAAAUGUCAAGUUCGAUGCCAAAUGGGCCACAGGUGGAAUUGUGUUCUCUUGGGUCUGGUCGGCUGUGUGGUGUGCACCUCCCCUCUUCGGAUGGAGCAGAUACUGGCCUCAUGGACUGAAGACCUCCUGCGGACCUGAUGUAUUCAGCGGCAGUGAGGACCCCGGAGUCCAGUCCUACAUGAUUGUUCUCAUGAUCACAUGCUGCAUCAUCCCCCUGGCUAUCAUUAUCCUGUGCUACCUGGCAGUGUGGCUGGCCAUCCGUGCUGUCGCCAUGCAGCAGAAGGAAUCCGAGUCCACCCAGAAGGCUGAGAAGGAAGUGUCCAGGAUGGUGGUGGUCAUGAUCGUGGCUUACUGCUUCUGCUGGGGACCUUACACCUUCUUUGCCUGCUUCGCUGCGGCCAACCCUGGAUAUGCCUUCCAUCCUCUGGCUGCUGCCAUGCCUGCAUACUUUGCCAAGAGCGCCACCAUCUACAACCCAAUCAUCUAUGUCUUCAUGAACCGACAGUUCCGCACAUGCAUCAUGCAGCUCUUUGGCAAGCAGGUGGACGAUGGCUCAGAAGUAUCCACAUCAAAGACAGAGGUCUCCUCUGUGGCUCCAGCAUAAACCUCCACAUUCCCCGCUUUGGAAAAAAGAAAACUAUUUUAAUUUGUACAGCAAAUAUUUAUUGUUUCAUUUCUGUCUCUUUUUUAGUAAAUAUAGCUCUCUGGCAAAUGAAAAAAUCCAAAAAAACAUACAUGUAUACAUGAA